AUGAAUUAGUAGAAAUUACAAUCUACUUGCCCUCAUUUUCAAAGAAUUCUUCUUUAAAGAAGCACUCCUUAAGUUCAUCAAUCUCUUUCUAAAUUAUUAGUACUAUUAUUUAUUCAUGGAUAUCAAGGUAUUAUUCAAAAAUAAGUAAAUCAAAUGUGAAAUCUGUUAAAGAAAACAAGAUUAUUUGAACAUCUGUUUGAAAUGUGAAAAGCCAUUAUGUGACAUUGAAAAAAUAUGCUCAACAGAACAUUUACAAUAAUUUAGUAUAUGUAAUAUUGUUAUAUCCAUAAUUAGUAAAAAAUCCCGAUCAUUGUGAUCAUUGUGUGAUAAUUAAUAUUCACUCAAAUUUAAUUGCUUGCCUUAUGUGUAAAAUAGAAAUUUAUGAUUUUGAGCAAACAUAAUAAAACGAAGAUAAUCAUAAUAUUGAAGAAAUUAUCAAUCCUUAAAAAAUUAGAAUGGAAUAUCAUAAAUUCUUUUAUAGAUAAGAACCUCAUAACAUUUAAUUUAUAAAUCAAUAAAAUGUGUAACAUGUUGGAAUGUUAAAUAUAUGUAAUAACAGUCAUUUAAAUUGUAUUUUAUAAAUAUUACUAAAUUAUCCUCUAAUCUAAUAAAUACUACAAAAAAUUAAUUGUGAAUAUGAAAUAAAUGAAUAUUUUUUGAGAUCCAAUCGUAAAUAAAUUCUUAGAGAAUUAAGUUCAAUGGCUUAAGUUUAUUCUUCACAAUAAUAUAGAAUUAUUAAUCCUUCAAAACUUAUUAAAAAUUUAGCUCAACUUGAUCCAAAAAUAAUUGGAUAUUCAAGAAAGGAUGCAUACGUAAAUUAUUAAUUAUUAUUAAAAUUAGGAUUCUUUCAAAACUGUUAUCAAUUUUUUAAAUGAAGAAUUUAAAUUUUCAAAUUUGAAAUCAUAUUUUACAAAUAAUCUGAUCUAUACAAAAUAACCUCUUGGACAUGAUUGGAACAUAAUGUACUCUCUAAAAAGUAGUUAGUGCUGAUCCAAGUUCAU